GCCGGGAGGGGCGGGCGGGGGCUCCGCGGAGCUCGGAGCAGCCCCGCGGGAGGGGCUCCGCUGCCCGGGCAGUGCCGGGGAACCCGCGAUGGGCUCCGGCCGCCGCUGCUCGCUCCCGCUGCUGCUGCUGCUGCUGCUGCCGGUGCUGCUGCUGCCGCCCGCGGCGUGGGGGGACUGCGGGCCGCUGCCGAACAUCAGCCACGCCGAGCCCCUAGGGGACACCAAACACCAGCAGAGCUUCAGCGUGGGCUCCACAGUGACCUUCGGCUGCGUGCCGGGUUACACCAAACUCCCCUUUCUCCCCGACACCAUCCGGUGCCUGCCGAACUCCCGCUGGUCCAGCCUGCCGGAGUUCUGCGGCCGCAGCUGUCCCCGACCCAGAACCGUGACAUUUGCUUCGUUGUCACCAGAAGACAGAAUGCAGAAUUUUUACGCCGUGAACACCACGGUGAGGUACGUUUGUCGCCAAGGUUUUGAAAACACCACAGCCCAGCCCCCCACCAGCACCUGUUUGGACAACUUAACGUGGACAGAAGUUCCUGAGCUGUGUCAGAAGAAAUCUUGUGGUAUUCCAGCCAAUCCAGAACACGGCCAAGUUAUCCUAAAAAAACAUGAGCUGGGUGCAACAGCCAGUGUGGUUUGUGACCGUGGGUACAGAUUAAAGGGAGCAUCACCUUCUAUCAGUUGUCUCCUACAGGGAGACAAAGCUGUCUGGAGUCCUCUUCCAGCUUGUCAGGUUAUUUCCUGUCCCCCUCCUCCAGCCAUCCCCCACGGGCAGCACAGCGGGAACAGCUCGGAGGAGUUCGUGCUGGGCUCUGUCACGACCUACACGUGCGAGCCGGGGCUGGAGCUGGUGGGGCAGGACACGCUGCGCUGCACCGGCGACAGCGGCGACAGCGGCGACAGCGGCGACAGCGGCACCUGGAGCGGGGCCCCGCCCGCCUGCCGCGUUAAAACCACAGCAGAGACGAACCAAACCAAACCCUCAGAAGAGAAUCCUUACUGGCUGGCAAGCAUCCUCAUUCCGAGUUGCAUUGUUCCCCCAGUAGCCCUUGGAAUUCUAGCUGGGAUCAUCAUGAGACGGAAAGAGAGUGAAAAGCAUUUUCCCCCUUUCUGUCUCUCCAGCUCUUACAAUGUGAAUUCACAAAAGCAGGAGAUGAAGCCAAGGGAUGCAGCGGUGCACCCGGAGGUUACAGAUGAGAAGAAGCACCCCAAGCCCUGGAAUUCCUAUUUUUGCCACACAGGGAACUGCCACGUGUGUCGCAGCUGUGAGGAGCAGCUCCACGGUGACCUGGCCCCUCUCUCAGAGCCCCCACGCCACGGCUGCGCCGCCUGCCAGGACUGGCUGAGCUCCCAGCCCCAAAAACCCCGCAGCUACUCGGUCCCCAGCAUCGGUGGUGGGGACGGCCAGAGCCCAGCAGGCACCAGCUCUCCUGCCAAAGCUGUGGAUGUGCUGAGGGCCGAUGGCACGGGAGAAGCUGCUCCACGGUGGAGUGAGGCAGAGCAGCCCAUGGACCACCAAAGCGACCACAUCUGUCCCAUCUGUGAGAGCUGGCUCCGUGCCCACACUGGCCAGGGUGACAGCAGUGCUGUGACACCGGGGGAGUGGUGGCACAAGGGCCCCCAGGGCCCCGUCUGCCCCCCCUGCACGGACAGGCAGCUCCUGUCCCUCGUCCACGGGGACACAGCCAGCAGCCCCGUGUGUCCCCUGGCCGGGGAGGGGACCCCGGCCCACCUGGUCCCUCUGCACAGCCCUGGCUGCCACCUCUGCCCCGUGUGCUCGGUGCCCACCCACGCCCACCUGUGCCAGCCCCAGCGCCUGGCACCUGAUGCAGAGCAGCUGCUGUCUGUGCCAGGGAUGGUGCCCACCUUCACCCUCUGCCUGCUGGGCAGCUCCGCUCUGCUCCUCAGCACCACGCCCGGGGCUCAAGCUGCCUGGUGCCCGAUCCCCCGCGUGCCGUACGGGAGGGUGUCCCCUCGUCACUAUUCCUACCGCACAUGGGACACCGUGAGCGUCACCUGCAACCCGGGCUACACCCUGCGGGGCCCCGGCAGCAGCACCUGCGGGGCUGCCGCCAGGUGGGACCCCCCUCUGCCGGAGUGCAAAAAGGAGGUGACAUGUCCUCGGCCACCGAGCAUCGCCAACGGGCUGCACAGCGGGCUCUCCUCGGACCGCUUCCCCCGGGGAGUGACCGUGUCCUACAGCUGCAGGGAGCGCUUCCAGCUGCUCGGCAAUGCGUCCAUCGCCUGCACGGACUCCGGGCGCUGGAGCCGGCCCCUGCCCCGCUGUGAAGCGAUCGGCUGCCAGGUACCCGAGGUGCAGAAUGGGAAGGUCCUCAACGUGCAGAGCACCUACAGGGCUGGAGAGACGCUGCACUUUGGCUGUGAUGCUGGUUACAGCACAGAGGACACCGAUGAGGCUCGGUGCCAGCCCGGGGGCACCUGGGACCCGCCGGUGCUCGUGUGCCAAAGGGUCCGGCCGUGCCCGAUGCCUCCGGAGGUCGCCAAUGGAAAUCACAACGGCCGGGACAGAGCAGGAUUCACCGCUGGGAUGUCUGUGCGGUACAGCUGCAAUCCUGGCUAUUACCUGGUUGGAAAUGCCGCUGUGUCCUGCAGAGCAUCGGGGAACUGGAGCCAGCCCCGCCCUCGCUGCGAAGAGGUGACAUGUCCUCGGCCACCGAGCAUCGCCAACGGGCUGCACAGCGGGCUCUCCUCGGACCGGUUCCCCCGGGGAGUGACCGUGUCCUACAGCUGCAGGGAGCGCUUCCAGCUGCUCGGCAAUGCGUCCAUCGCCUGCACGGACUCCGGGCGCUGGAGCCGGCCCCUGCCCCGCUGUGAAGCGAUCGGCUGCCAGGAACCCCAGGUGCAGAAUGGGAAGGUCCUCAACGUGCAGAGCACCUACAGGGCUGGAGAGACGCUGCACUUUGGCUGUGAUGCUGGUUACAGCACAGAGGACUCCGAUGAGGCUCGGUGCCAGCCCGGGGGCACCUGGGACCCGCCGGUGCUCGUGUGCCAAAGGGUCCGGCCGUGCCCGAUGCCUCCGGAGGUCGCCAAUGGAAAUCACAACGGCCGGCACAAAGCGUUUUUUACCGCUGGGAUGUCUGUGCGGUACAGCUGCAAUCCUGGCUAUUACCUGGUUGGAAAUGCCGCUGUGUCCUGCAGAGCAUCGGGGAACUGGAGCCAGCCCCGCCCUCGCUGCGAAGGGAAUGUCUGCAUCAAUCCAGUCGUAGCCAAUGGAAGGCAAGUUGGUGGCCACGGGCUUCUCUCUGCACCCGGGCAAACGGUGACAUUUCGGUGCCGCGAAGGUUACAGCCUGCAGGGCAGUGCCAGCGUGGCCUGCCAGGAGGAUGGCAGCUGGCAGCCCCCUGCUCCUGUGUGUGACAGAGCACUGCCUUACCACGGCUCCUUCACCAGGUCUCCAGGUGCUUGUGGUGCUCCCACAAGGUUACAGUUUGCUGAGCUAAAUGAGGAGCACAGAAAUGCCAUUGAUUUUCCUGUUGGGAAGACUGUGCAGUACACUUGCCUCCCUGGAUAUGCUAAAGUCCCAGGAAUGUCACCUACUAUGACAUGCCUUGAGAGAGGAGUGUGGUCAGAAGCACUAGAGUUCUGUAAAAGGAAACAGUGCAGCCACCCAGGCGAGCCUGUGAACGGCAAGAUUAUUUCCCUGACAAAUCUCCAGCUCGGGUCCACAGUGGUUUACGGCUGUGAGGAAGGGCACAGGUUAAUUGGACAAUCCAGCCGGCGCUGUGAGAUCUCUGGGGGACGCGUCGCAUGGACUGGUCACACUCCCCUCUGUCAGCGCAUCCCUUGCGGGCCACCCCCGGACAUCCCCAACGGGCAGCACUCGGGCCGGCUGCUGAGCGAGUUCCACUACGGCACGGCCGUGACCUACACGUGCGACCGCGGCUUCCCCCUGCACGGGGAGCCCUCCAUCCACUGCACCACCCGCGACGGCCGCAACGGCGUCUGGAGCGAGCCCCUGCCGGCCUGUGGAGAGGCGAGUUGUCCUGUCCCACAGAUCCAGCACGGGAGGAUCGUGGCUGCCAGGUCUGCCUACGCACACAGGGACACCGUGACCUUCGAAUGUGACCCGGGCUAUGCCCUUCGUGGCCACAGAGAGAUCCAGUGCCAGCCAAACAACACCUGGGAGCCUCCCGUGCCCGUCUGCGAGCAGGCUGGCUGCAGAGCCCCUGCCAGGCUGGGCUUUGCCGAGCUGAAGGAGCCCUACAGGAACCAGACGGUGUUUCCUGAGGGGAGCAGGGUGGAAUUCGAGUGCCAGCCUGGCUACACUCAGCUCCUAGGGGGUGUCACCAGCCAUCACUGCCUCAGGAACCAGACAUGGUCUGCAGUGCUGGAGUUCUGUAAAAGGAAGCAGUGCCCCAGCCCAGGGAACCCAGCGAACGGCAGAGCUGUUGUCCUGACAGAUCUCCUCAUCGGGUCCAAAGUUAAUUACACUUGUGACAAAGGGUACAAGCUGGUGGGAGGCUCCCAGAGAAUUUGUGAGGUCUCUGGCACACAUGUCUCAUGGAGUGGGGAUCCUCCUGUCUGCCAGCGUGUCACCUGCGCUGCCCCUCCGGCCAUCCCCCACGGGACACACAGCGGGGGCUCCAGGGACACCUUCUCCCUCGGGGACGUGGUCACCUACACGUGCGCCUCGGGGCUGGCCCUAGCUGGAGACGCCUCCCUGUCCUGCACCUCUGCGGACGGGGAGCAUGGCACGUGGAGCGGGGCAGUGCCACGGUGCCAAGAGGUGAGGUGCCCUGCCCCGCCGAGCAUUGCCAACGGGCAGCACAGUGCCAGCCCCGGGGCCGGGCACCGCCCGGGCUCGGUGGUGCUCUACACCUGCGCCGAGGGCUACUCCCUGCUGGGCAACGCCUCCAUCCGCUGCACCGCCAGGGGAACCUGGAGCCGGCCCCAGCCCCGCUGCCGAGCAAUUGGCUGCACCAGGCCAGAGAUCAAGAAUGGAAACGUGACUGGGUCAGAGACCACCUACAGCCUGGAGGACAUCGUCGUCUUCGAGUGCAACCUUGGUUACGCCUUGAAGGGCUCUCAAGAGUCCCAGUGCCAGUUUGGGGGCAAGUGGCACCCUCCUGUCCCCACCUGUGAGAAGUUGCCGCCGUGUCCUUCCCCUCCGAUCAUCAGAAAUGGCCAGCACGACAGCAAGGGGGUGACAGAGUUCAUCCCCGGCACGGCAGUGAAGUACCACUGUGACCCGGGCUACGUCCUCACCGGGAAAACCACGGUUUCCUGUUUGCCAUCGGGAGUCUGGAGCAUCCCUUACCCCCGCUGUGAAGUGAUCACCUGCAGCAGCCCCAGCAUCAAGGACGGGGUGGUGGCUGAGGGCCGGAGGGCUGUGUACCACCCUGGGGACAACGUCACCUUCCGGUGCCACCCAGGCUUCGUGCUGAGGGGCAGCCGUGGGGCCACGUGCCAGCCCGACAGCCGCUGGGUGCCUGCCGUGCCCACCUGCCAGCCAGUGCGGCUGUGCCCUCCGCCCCCCGUCAUCGCCCACGCCACGCUCAGCGCCGAGCCGGGGACCAACUUCACCAGUGGCACCUCCGUGAGCUACAGCUGCCAGCCCGGCUUCUCCCUGCUCGGGGACCCCUCCGUGCUGUGCACGGCCUGGGGCAACUGGAGCCUUCCCUACCCACGCUGUGCAGCUGGUUGUGGCACACCAACACCGUUGCUAUUUGCUGAGCUAAGUGAGCAAUAUGAAAAUCAGACUGAGUUUCCUGUUGGGGUGACUGUGAACUAUACUUGUCGGCCUGGAUAUGUGGAACAGCCACAGAUAUCACCAACUAUCACAUGUCUUGAAAAUCUGACAUGGUCUGAAGCCCAGGAGUUUUGCAAAAUGCUGCAAUGCCCUUCACCUCCAAAUAUUGACAAAGGAAACCACGACAGCCAGGACUUGGAGGUUUUUCCCACUGGGAUGGUUGUGAACUACAGCUGUGACCCUGGCUACAGCCUCCGGGGAGAGGCAUCCAUCUACUGCACCGACUCUGGCAACUGGAGCCUCCCUCUGCCUCAGUGUGCAGGUGGCUGUGGUGCACCUCCAAACCUCACCUUUGCUGAGCUAACCAGGGAAUACAAAAAUCAGCUGGAAUUUGCUGUCGGGGACACCGUGCGCUACAGCUGCCGGCCGGGACACUUGAGACGCCCCGGAGUGCCCCAAACUCUGACUUGCCUCCAAAACCACACGUGGUCUGAAGCCCUAGAGUUCUGUAAAAGGAAGCAAUGUAGACAGCCAGAACCCCCCAGGAAUGGCAGAGUUGUUGUUCUGACAGAUCUCCUUUUCGGGUCAACCGUGAGCCACACGUGUGAUGAAGGGUACAGACUGGUUGGACAGUCCCACAGGAGAUGUGAGAGUUUGGGACGAGAUGUUGCCUGGACUGGUCUCCCUCCCAUCUGUCAGAGGGUGGUGUGCCCUGCCCCACAGAUCCAGAACGGGAGGGUGGCUGUCCCCAAGCCCCGCUACACCUACAGGGACUCUGUCACCUUCAAGUGCCGCAGAGGCUUCACCCUGCGAGGCCACCCCACGUCCCAGUGCCGAGGGGACAGGAGGUGGCACCCACCUGUACCUGUCUGUGAGCAGGAUGGAAUGUCAGAACGUUAUCACCACCCUGACACCACAACAAAGCCAGUGCUGCACUGCUCCAAGCCUGCAGACAUCACCCAUGGGUCUUUCCGUGGCCCAGCAAAAGCAGUUUUUACUGUGGGAACAUCUGUAAACUACAUCUGUGAGCCUGGCUUCUCCCUCCUGGGGACAGCAUCCAUUUAUUGCACAGAAUCUGGAGCCUGGAGCCAUCCCCCUCCUGUCUGUCAAGCUGUGAAGUGUCUACAGCCUCCAAACAUCACCAACGGGAGGCUGAAAGGCAACAGCUCUGCCACCUUUCCCCCCGGAGCCGCUGUAUCCUACAGCUGUGACCCCGGUUACUCACUGGUUGGGAACGCUUUCAUCAACUGCACGGGGUCGGGAUCCUGGAGCCAGCCCUUCCCGCAGUGCAAAGAGAUCAGAUGCGAAUUCCCGGAUGUCCAAGGCGUUAAAAAAGCCAUUAAAGGAAGCACUUACCGCUCUGGCACUAACAUCACCCUUGAAUGUGACGAUGGUUACGUGCUGGAAGGCAUCAGUCACACCCAGUGCCAAGAGGAUUUCAGCUGGGACCCUCCCGUGCCAGCCUGUAAACUGACAUCCCCCAAGCCCGGGUCAGUAGGCUUAGGAGUGGCAGCUGCAGCAGUUCUGCUGCUCCUGGGGGCAGGUGUUGUCUGGAAAAUAAUUUCCAAGCAGAAGGAAGGCUAUUAUCAUACGUAUGAAAACUAUAAUUACAGAACCCCCCUGAACCCAGACACUGAACACAAAGACUCCUGGGACCCGGCGGGCGGGCGCGGCCAUGGCGGCGCCGCGCUGAGGGCGGGCCGGGCGGGGCGGGCCGCGCAUGCGCACCCGGCCCCGCGCUGCGUCUCCGGCGGCGCCGGGAGCGAGCGGAGCGGCCGCAGCCGCGGCCCCGCUGCGGGCAUGGCGCGGCUCUCGGUGCCCGUGCCGCUCUCGGUGCCGCUGCUGCUGCUGCUGCCCGUGCUGGUGCUGUGGCAGCUCGGCGGAGCCCGGGCUGAGGGCACGUGUCCCAGGCCAGACCGCCUGCAGUACGCAGAGCUGGAUGAACGCUCCAGGGAAAUCCAGGAUUUUCCACCUGGGACCAAAAUCUCCUUCAUCUGCCGGCCAGGAUACAUGAGGGUCCCAGGGAAGUCACUGACCUGGACGUGUGGGAAUGACUUGCAGUGGUCACGCACAGACGAGUUCUGUACAGUGAGAAAAUGUAUGUACCCAGGAGACUUGGAAAAUGGUUAUUUUGAUGCAGCAGAUCUUACAUUUGGUUCAAAACUGACAUUUCAGUGUAACGAAGGAUAUAGAUUACUGGGUAAGGAAGAGAUUUCCUGUGAAAUCAAGGGUGAAGGUGUUGGCUGGAGUGGACCUCUGCCUUACUGUGAAAGAAUUCCUUGUGAGCCACCUCCCAAAAUAGCCAACGGGGACUAUGAGGAGAGCAGCAGCUACGUGUACCAGAGCUCAGUGACCUACAGGUGUCGGGAUGUCCCCAAGGGCAGUGAUCCCUUCUCCCUCAUUGGCACGGCCACGAUUUACUGCACAUCUGAUGCCCACUCAAAUGGAGUUUGGAGUGAGCCGCCUCCAGAAUGUCGAGUGGUCAAGUGUGAAGACCCCAGAGUUGAAAAUGGGAGAAAAAUAUCCGGAUUUGGACUUGCCUACAGAUACAAGGACUCAGUUGUGUUUGAGUGUAAUCAAGGCUAUUUCUUGGUUGGAGCAGAGGUGAUUACCUGUGAAGCAAAUAACAACUGGCAUCCUCCAAAACCAACUUGUGAGAAAAUUACUGCAGAUGUGUGUCCUGCCCCCACGAUCCCCAAUGGGGUCCUGGUUCCAGCCAAACCUGCCUAUGCAAGAGGAGAGUCUGUGCAGAUCAGGUGCAAUGCUGGCUGCUCCUUCCCUGGUGGCUCUGCAGAGAUGACAGUGACCUGUCAAGGGCAGAGUUCCUGGGGUGCCUUACAGCACUGCUCCUGUGAGUCUGAAGGUUCCGGUUCCACUCCAGUCAUAAGCUAUGGGAGAGUGAUAGCUGGACAGAAGCCUUCCUACUCCGUGGGGGAUUUCAUCACCAUUGAGUGUUACUCGGGGUACACCCUGCACGGGGAGGCUCGCAUUCAGUACAUUGGGAACAACCAGUGGGCCCCUGCAGUGCCAACCUGCCAGCUCAGUGGAUAUAUUAUAGCCAUCAUCUGCGUGAUUGUGGUAGUUGUGGUGCUCCUGGCAGCCUUCUGGAUCUACAAGAAAUUCUUCUCACAGAAUGGCUCGUACACAGUUGAUGAGAGUUGCAAGGAAAUUUGUAUUUUAAAAGCUAAUGCCCCAGCUGAGAUGGAAGAAACUGCACAAAUGAAUAAAUGAAAAGGAAACGUGACAGCACUCCCAGUUCUGCCGAAUAUAAGAUGUGUAAAGCAUGACUGCCCUUGCUGGGGGGUGGGAGGGUCCCUGUCAGAGCUGCACAAGGACUGAGUGCCCUUGCAGUGAGUGGCUGUCCCUGUGUCUUGCUCUGCUGGUGAACUGGAGGAGGAGAUGCUCGAUAGGAUAAAAAGCGUGUGUGCAUAUAGCUAACCCAGAUCCUGCUUUGCCUUCUGGGCCCCUCGCUGUCCUCCUGUGCUCGUCAGCUGGGGAAAGGCCAUACCUGUAGCAUGCCAGAGUCUGUGGGAGUGCUGCAAUGUCCCUGUCCCCGUGCCAGCUGCUGCUGCCCGCUGCCUGCAGUGCCACCUCUUGGCUUACAGAAGAUGUCCAAUAUUCUGCUCUCCUGUAGAGCCCUGCUCACUCAAACCUGGCUGUCCUUCCCAUCCCUUUUUGCAGUAGAGGUGGUGGAAAUGGUUCUGUUGUUUUUGUUUCUGUGUUGUUGCUCACUCCCUGAAGAGUCUGGUGCCCUCGAGGGCGAUGUCUUUUGGAAACUGUCACAAUCAAGAUCUUAUAUACUCUACCUCUUUGGCAGACAAAGUUGGUUGCUGUGUAUAUAAUGAAUUAAAGUGUGCCUUGAAAUCAGAGUUUUAGAGCUUUUCCUUUGCUUUUAAGAAGGAAAAAAGCCAUAUAUAUUUCUGAUUCUUUGCUAUAAUCUCCCAAAGACUGUGGUGGAUUUGUUGGACCUGAAAACUGAAGGGUUCUGUAGCAAAGGCAUCUCCUGCCUGUUGACAGGAGAUGAGCACAGUGCAAGUUCCUUCGGGUGCUCAGUUUUAGUGAGCCUUGAUGUCAUGUCUGGAGAUCUUCUGUUGCUUUCAGGGGUAGAAAUGGGUGCUGUGGGAUCCACCUUCCUUGACGUAAAGUCACGUAUUUCACAUUUCUAACCUCUGGCUGCAGACUGGGAUGUUAAAUCAAGCUCUGAAAAGCUGGGUUUAGCAUCAGAUUCCUGUUUAGAAGCAGAAGCUUUUCCCUGUCUCUCGCUUUUCGUGUUAAAGGAAAACCAAAGCAGUUCAGUUGUGUGCGUGCUGGGAGAUGUGGUGGUCUCUUGUUUGCUGCUUGGUGCUUGCUCAUCAAAUGUUUUAGUCCAGAUUCUGAUCCAGGAGCUCCCACCACUGCGUUUGCCAUUAGUUUAGAGUCACUGCUACUUCUAAUUCCUCAGCAAACCCCACAUCUUAACUAGAACAGGUUUUAGCUCCGUGAAUCUCGCUGUCAGCAUCCAGGCAGCUUCUCAUUUUCACAGAAAACCCAAACAGCCUCCCUUCAGACGCCUGAGGCAGCAUUGGAAGUGCUCUGGCUUGUCUGUGGCUGCUUGGCACCGCUCUCCCUGUCAUCAACAGAUUGUUGGAGUGGCACAGAGCUGUUUGGGGCUUUAUAGGGCUUUUUGGGACAAUCCCAGCAGUCUUAUUGUUGGAGUUCAUAAUAGGCUGUGGUUGUUAGAAAGGGGCUUUGGCUCUGCAGAAGGAUUUGCUGUUCGUGGCCUGGCUGAUAGCUCAGUUUGAGAGUUGUUUGUAAACACUGGGAUGUGUGACUGGGCCUGAGUGUGGUGCUGGUCAGGAGCUCAGCUUGCUUUGUGUGGCAUCUGCAAUGUGCUGAAAUACACUGGAAUGUUCUUAAUUGGGAAGUGAAAUCACUGUAAAAAGGGGCCGUGUUUUUGCUCUUCUUUCUGGAUGUAAAGAUUAGCCGUGAUCUGUAAUAUUCCAAAUAAAAAUGUUAAAUUAUUUAGCAGUAA